AUCUAUAAAAAUUAAAAACACAAAACACGUUACUCUCUUUUUGUUGAGCUCUCUCUCUGACGAGUGAACCACCCGAUUCUAUAUCUAAUCUCUCUUCUCUUCUCGAUUUAGCUUUCAAUCAUGGUUCUGCAAGUAUGGGAGACGUUGAAAGAAACAAUCACAGCUUACACGGGACUAUCUCCAGCUGCGUUUUUCACCGUACUAGCUCUCGCUUUCGCCGUUUACCAAGUCGUCUCCGGUUUCUUCGUCUCUGACGAAGUUCACCGACCUCGUUCUUUAGAGGUACAACCCGAAUCUGACCCUCUUCCUCCGCCGGUUCAGCUCGGAGAAAUCACCGAGGAGGAUCUUAAGCUGUAUGACGGCUCCGAUUCCAAAAAGCCCCUUCUUAUGGCCAUCAAGGGUCAGAUCUAUGAUGUUUCUCAGAGCAGAAUGUUCUAUGGACCAGGUGGGCCGUAUGCUCUGUUUGCAGGGAAAGAUGCGAGCCGAGCUCUGGCUAAGAUGUCGUUUGAGGAGCAAGACUUGACUGGUGAUAUCUCAGGUCUCGGUGCAUUUGAGCUAGAUGCGUUACAAGACUGGGAGUACAAGUUCAUGAGCAAGUAUGUCAAGGUCGGAACCAUUCAAAAGAAGGAUGAAGAACGCAACAAAACUUCAGAACCUUCGGAAGCAAAGGCUGCCUCUGCGGAAGGUCUUUCUACAGACAUUGGAGAAGAAGCGUCCGAAACAAAAGCUGCCUCUGCGGAAGGUCUUUCUACAAACAAUGAACGAGAAGCUUCUGCAGUUACCCAUGAUGAAACUUCUAGAGGCAUAGACGAGAAAAUCGCGGAAACCACUGAGAAGAAGGAUGAUCAUGAUGUUGCAAAGGAGUAAAGUCGUCAAUGUAAUCAGAGGGCACACUUUCGCUUGAGAAAUCAGUGGUAUUUUUCAGGGGUUUUUAAGUAUGAGUCGUAUAUAGCUCAAGGUGGAAGAAGCUGAAUAAAAAUGGUGGCUUUGUUUGUACUUUUUGGAUCUUUAUAUAAAAUGAUUACAUCUAAUUAUCUGGUUAUGGAAGCUUCAUAUUACAUUA